GUUUGAUCAAUGAUUAUGUUCUAAAGGAUUGGAAUUCAAUGGACUGGUCUGAAGGGUGUGUAAGAAGUAGUCCGCUGAGCUGCCAUGAUCAAGGGAAAGAUGGCUUUUUGAAAUUUUCUGGUUGGAAAUGGCUGAAUGCUCAACAUACAUGGGUGAACAAGAGUAUGAAUCUACGGGAAUGUAGGGUUAAAUGUCUGAGCAAUUGUUCUUGUACGGCUUAUACAAACUCAAAUAUCAGAGGUGAAGGCAGUGGCUGCAUCGUCUGGUUUGGAGAUCUUUAUGAUAUUCGACAAUUUCCUUCCAGCGGACAAGAUCUAUUUGUUCGACUGUCAGCUUCAGAAAUAGGAAAAGAAAGAGCUGAUCUUAAGGUGAAGAGAGCAGUGAUAAUUAUAGCUAUUCUGAUUGGAUUAACUUGUGGGAUGAUUUUAAUUGGCAUUUACAUUUGUAAGUGGAUAGAAUUUUAUGUUGAAACAGAGAGACACCGCUCCGAGCUUGCAAAAGUUGGUGCUGAAUUGGAACCUUGGGAAAAACAACUUAUUGAGCACAAGGGAAAACUUGAAGUUGCAUCUACCGAGAAUAAGCUUUUGAGUGAAAAGGGAGCUGCUCGUGCAGCUUUUGAAGAUGCGCAAAAGCAGAUGGAAGACAUAUUGGGAGCUAUUGAUACAAAAUCUGAGAGUAUCACAAAAAUUCAAAGUGAUCUUGAAAGGAGCAAACUCGAAGCAUUGGAAGCUCAUAAAGUGGAACAAGUUCGUGUUUUAAUGAUGUACAGGGAGGGGAUCGGCAGGGACGGUGGAUGGGCGCGGGGCUGGCUGGUGGGGUUCUCAACUUCACGGCGGCAGCAGCUAACAACACUUGAACCAAUGAUCACUGGAUUGCAAGAAUCAUUGCCAAAGUCCAUUGGAUUGCUUCCUUUUUAUGGAGGUGUGGCAGAUGCUUGA